CAUGUCCAACACAUACAAAUAUACAUGUGUGUCAAACUACACACUAUGUAGUUGUUUAACACACAUUCUGGCGGUUAAUGAAUGGGAGAAUCUGAGGGGUUAAUAAAUGCUUUUGAGUGGCAAAUUACCCACCUCCACGAGCGGCCGUCUGUCGGCUCCUUUAAGGCGCAGGGACCUCCUCGGUCUCCAGGUUUCUCCCCCCUCGCUGCGACUGGCCUCCAGCCUCACGCGGAGCUUCCUCCUCUCCAUGUCCGAACUAACGUCCCCUUAGUUGAAGCUGUUUGUAAAGCGACUAUCAAAUUAAAAAAUAAGGACGAUCCAAGUUUAGUACGUCGAGCGAUUGCGUGCCGAAAUCGCAAGAUUAAAUUGUUAUUUAAUCUUGUUGCUCUUUAAAAAUCCUGAUUUGAAUUUAAAAAAAAAACGGCAAGGGUUUUUUAAAAAGUCAACAACUUCUCCUACGCAACGCGGAAUUCAAGCAGUCGCGGUCAUCUGAAGCCGCUGAUUUGCGGAGGAGACGUAAGUCCCCGCCCACACGGCGCAGGCCCCGCCCACACGAUGCAGCCUAACUCAGUGCGGAAGUGAAGAUCUGAACAACAAACCUCAGGCGUGAAUUAUCUGACGUCCACCACUGCUCUCCACAAAGAAGGGUUCAGAGCGGCCGGUGCGACCCCCGCAAGGAUGAGGGUCACUCCCCGCUAGAGGUGAAGGGUAACGGAGGAGAUUCGCCGAAAGACAACACAUGAGAUCACUCCGCCUCCAGUGAGCUGGACCCUCAGGCUAAAACGCGUGGUCGUCAACCUGGACCCAGGAGGACAUUCUGACCGGCAGACCCACAAUGCUCCCCGGGCUGACCUCAGCGGGGGCUCCGGCCCCCCUGGCCCUCCAGCCCACCCCGGCGGCCCUGCGCCCCGCGGUGGCUCCGGCGGUGCAGCUGGGCUUCACGGCGCUCUACGCGGCGCUCUACGCCCUGCUCUUCCUGGCCGUCUACGCCCAGCUGUGGCUGCUGCUGCUCUCAAGGCACAAGCGGCUCAGCUUCCAGAGCGUGUUCCUGUUCCUGUGCCUGCUCUGGGCGGCGCUGCGCACCACGCUCUUCUCCUUCUACUUCCAGAACUCCCUGGAGGCGAACCGGCUGCCCAUGGCGGUGUACUGGCUCUUCUAUUGCUGCCCGGUGUGCCUGCAGUUCUUCACUCUGAGCCUCAUCAACACCUACUUCACCCAGGUGCUGCUCAAAGUGAAGGAUCUGCACCGGGAAGACGUGAACAAACUGAUCUGGGUGACGCGGUGUGCGUACGGCGCCCUGAGCCUCCUCUUCCUGUGCGUGAACGUGGCAUGCGGGGCCCUGGGCCGGCGGGGCGGCGGCGGCGGCGAGGGGCCCGGGGCGGCGGAGCGCGCCUGGAGGCUGGUGCUGGUGCGCGUGCUGGUCAACGACCUGCUGUUCCUGCUGGAGGCCGCGGUGCUGGCCGCCACGCUGCUGCUGCUCAGCAGGCACUCCCGCCCCAACGGGGCCUCGCUCCACCGCAGGUGCCCGUCGCUGUGUGGCACUGCUGCCCUGGGGGCAGCGGUCAUCCUGUUGUUCGCCAGCAGGGGGUGCUAUAACCUGACGGUGCUGGUGCUGUCGCGGAACCAUCGCGCAGAGGCGUAUGACCUCGACUGGUACAACAUCUCAGAUCAGGCGGACCUGCGCAGUGAGCUGGGCGACCGGGGCUACCUGGCUUUCUGCACCAUCCUCCUCAUCUGGGAGCUGCUGCCCACCACACUGCUGCUGGUCAUAUUCCGGGUGCGGUGGCCGGCCCAGGAGGCGUCCAGCAGUAUGGCUGGUCCCCCCAGAGCUCUGCCCAGGCCGUACUUCUUCGACGACCCCCAGGGCAGUGAGGACGGCUCCCCCGCGCCCUGGGCUCACAGCGUGCGGCCGCAGUCCAGCUGGUACGGCUCAGUGACCACCCCUCUCCUGUUCGCCAGUAACCCCCCCGCCCAGGACCACUCGUUGUACUCCACCCCUAACAACUGAGCCUGUUGCCGGGGGCAGGAGAUACAAUCACCGUCAGCACCGCGCUCUGCCUGCAGUACCGCUCUCUGCCAGCAGGGCUUUGCACUUUAAACCUCAGGGAACCGCCUCGCUGCCGAACGCACACGUUGUGGUUAAGCUUCGGACCAAAACGGCACGACGGCGAGAGAUAUGUCACUUCUAGGGAACAAAGCAUUAAUUUUAGCUCACUUUUCUGUUCUUGAAGACGUACAUUUUAGGUUUUUCUUACAGUUUUUAAUAGAUAUGUCAAGCAGUUGAACCUUCACUCUUUGUUUUAAAAUUGUCUUUAGUAUAAACCUGGUUUACGGCUGCCGCUACAUAUUUGACACAGCUCAUGUGCUGUUUGUGUGCUCCGAUUCCAACGACUGUAUUGUUGUGGUCUAUCAUAUACAACAUGUUAUCUGGCCCCUUUUUUAACUUUUUAUGAAUCAUACAAUGAGGGGACGUUUCCCAUGAUGCCAUGUCUAACUACCUUAAUACCUGUGCUGUUGGAACUUUCUACUCCGUGUGCUUUAGUUUUGUACUUUUAGAUAAUUAAUAUGAUUGACUUGGUUAUAUUUUUUCAUUUAAAAAGAUUGUAUAUUAUAACUUAUUUUCUAUCAAAGUUAAUGCUUUUUCAUAUCUAUGAAUCCUCAAAUAAUUCCUCUAAUGCACUGCUGUAUGUCAUGAGUAAAGGUUUACCUGUUCAACAGGAUGCAACACUCACACAAUGACAACAAAACAUUUCAGUGCAUAAUUCAUUUAUUGCCCUUGUCAUUUAUUGCACUGAUAUUUGGGAAAGCUAAAAUGAGAUCCAUGAUCCACAGCGAGUAAGAAUGCAUUACCUUUCUGUGGGAGAAUCUGAAGCAAAUUCUUUUUUUUUUUUUAUCAGUGUUGUACAUUCAACACACAAAUAAAGAGCCAGUUUACAAAAUUACAACCCAACGAUGUGUUUCUUGAAAAUUUUCAUGUUUCUAACAUUAGGCCAAUUUAAUCCACUUUAACUAUAAAUUUUAGUACAUUAAAGAUACAUUUUUUCUUUGAACAGAGCAAACAGUCUUUACUUUGACCUUAAUGGCCUCGUAGAAUACCAUGGUUAUAAGAACAUGAUACAGUAAUGCUUUUAGAAUCAAUUUGGACUUUAACUGAAGUACUCCAAUGAAGCACCACCAGAAAUCGAAUAAAUUAAUCUUAAUGUUACAACAAAACAAGACUAACACUUGCAUGCAGUUUCCCCAACAACUGAUAUCAGGUGUUCGUUAAAUAGUUUAAAUCACUGAGGAUUAUUAAGAAUGAGAAAUCGGCACUAGAUGUAAGCCACAAUUUUCAUAGCCAGAAAAUGGA